UGUUAGGUGAUGCAUCAUUUUACAGUUAUCAGGCUCAGCUAGCUGUUGCUUACUUGAAGACGCUCAGCAGAUUUUUUUCAAGCAAAUCCCAAGUAUGCGGAGAACCAGGACUUUCAAACGUAAUACAACAGAAAUGCGUCAAUAGCACUUUAGUGCUGGAGUCUUUGAACAUGGACCAGUCCACUGUCUCAAAGCAGUCACAUAGGAGCUCAUCUGCUUCCUCAGACCAGCACUGCACGAAUUUCUGUACUGGAUCCUCCCAUUUGUUUGUAUGCAGGGAGGAGGAGCCCAGCCUGGUGGUCUGAUUUCCCAAAGACAAGAAUGAAGCCUAACAGAAAUAAGAUGUGAACAAUGAUGCAGAUGAUUUAGCUGGGGUUAUAAAGCAUCCAUCAAACCUGGUAUCUAUCAGUAGCCUCAGCAGUAACAUGCCACUGCAGCAGAUCUCAGUCGUCCCAGCAAGGGAAACCUCUAGUAAUGGAAGAAGCUCAACAGGCAGAAACAAAGAGAAGAACAAGGAUAUGGAGAAUGACAAGUCUCCAGGACGCUCAACAAGUCGAUCAAGUAACAUAUCAAAGGCAAGUAGUCCUACAACUGGAACAGCUCCCUGGAGCCAAUCACGCACAUCUGUCAGUCCUUCUACUCAGGACAUUUGCAGGAUUUGCCACUGUGAAGGAGAUGAUGACAGUCCACUCAUCACGCCUUGCCGUUGCACAGGGACGCUGCGUUUCGUACACCAGGCCUGCCUGCACCAGUGGAUCAAGAGCUCUGAUACGCGCUGCUGUGAACUCUGUAAAUACGAUUUCAUAAUGGAGACAAAACUCAAACCGCUGCGUAAGUGGGAAAAACUGCAAAUGUCAACAAGUGAAAGGAGGAAAAUUGUCUGCUCUGUCACCUUCCACAUUGUUGCGAUCACAUGUGUAGUGUGGUCCUUGUACGUUCUGAUAGACCGAACAGCAGAGGAGAUCAAACAGGGUAAUGACAAUGGUGUUCUAGAAUGGCCCUUUUGGACAAAAUUGGUGGUUGUUGCCAUUGGAUUUACAGGAGGCCUUGUCUUCAUGUAUGUACAGUGUAAAGUCUACUUUCAGCUAUGGCGAAGACUAAAAGCAUACAACAGGGUUAUCUUUGUACAGAACUGCCCAGACAUUGGCAAGAAGAUUGAUGACAGGAACACUUUAAAUAGUCAGAACUCUGACAACAGAGACAGUGUUACUGUGCCAGUGUCACAAACAGAAACAACCUUACAGAGAGCACCGGAGGUGCAGGUUGGUAUUCCUGAAGUUGCACCUGUGUGAUAUGUGUUUCUGAAGUUCAUUUGAAGAACUGCACAUGUUCUUGGAAAUCACUUGCUUUCACAAGUAUCAAAUGGUCAGGACUAACAACUGAGCAGUCCUCUUCAGAACCUAACCAGAAGUGCAUAUAAAACAGACAUGGUCAGCAGAAAACCAACAUGUUGCUCUCUGUGGAAGUGAACUAAUUAGUGGUGUGUUCAUUGGUGUUGGACAUGGUACACAUGGUACACAAAGAAUGUGUGCAAUGUCCUAAUUAGGAUUUUGUAGAGGAGAAGCACUUUUAAUUUUAUGGCUUUUAUGAUAAAACAUUUUGCUAUAGUUAGGCUCUGUUUUUAAAUGUUAAUCUCGGAAAACCAGUCUUUCAACGUGUUAUAGUUGCGACUUAACAGUCUAUACGUUUAACCUAAACAGAGUAAAUUUUCCAAUGAAAUGUGUUGCACAGAAUACAUUAUUGAGCUGAUAAAGAAGAGAUAAACUGGUAUUUCUUGUACAUUUUUAACACACCAGUAUCACCUUGGCUUAAGUCAGCAUUGAAUGUGCUGAACCCUUGAAGAAACACCCAUGUUAAAAUUAUAGAUCAUUUAGGUUUUUUUUUACUUUUAACCAUACAAAUAUUAAAUGUUAUAAUGGUCUGACAAUGUGCUAGUUGUGGGGUCUGAGUCCAAACCAGAAAAACAAUCAAAAUCCUCCAUUAGGAAAUACAACAAUUUAACAAUGUUGGGUUUACUAAGGUCCCAAGAAACUCAUGUAGACUCAUCUCUUUUAUGCAAGAUGGACGUGAUUAUAUAUAUUUAAAGGAAGCCAGACUUUAAUCAGCAUAAUGCUUAUCAUGUGUCACCACGAUAAACCAUCAAUGCUAGCAGUUGAAGAGCCAAGAGAUGUGCCCUCCAUUAAUAGGCAGCUAUUGCAAUGAACCAACUCUUCCAACAACUCUGGGAGAUAAGCAGGGCAGGGUUAUAUUGCCCUAUAGUUCUAAAAUGGAUACCAUAAUGUGGAACUUCCCAGGGGAUUCAGAAUAUGCAAGGCUUAUGGUUGACCUCAAAUAAAUCACUAAAGUGUUCAUUUUAGUAAAGUGCAUUUUGAUGCUAGUUGUUUCAUUUGUCAGUCACAUUAACCCUUUAUAGACUGCAAAUUCAUAGAUUUGUCCCCAGACCCUGGAUUUUCAAACAGUUACCUGUGCAUCACCAAGGAGUUUGUUUGAUCUAUAUUGUAUCUGGAUUGAGCAUCUGUAGUAAAUGAGAGUUUAUAUUUCAUCGACUUGCCUAACCUAUUUGAUGUUGGAAGGGACAUAAAAUGUAUUAUUACAAAAAUCAAAGUUUUCCCCAUCAUUUAGAGGAUGUACUUUCAAAGGAAAUGAUGGGCUUUAUGAAAUUGAACAGAAAUACAGAAUAUUGGCUGCCACUCUUUACAUAAUUAUAUUCCAAUGUUUCAAACUUUAUAACAACUCUGCUUAAUCCCUUUGCUGUAAGGAGAAAAUAUUUAGGUGCAAAAAAGAAACAAAUGUAUAUCCCAGAGCUCAUCCAAUAAUAUUAUAGAAUUAAAACAACAGAAGUCUUGUAAAUAUCUUAACGCUUUUUGCACUGAUAAAUCAUAGACAGCUUUUCUUCUCCUCAGUACAGUUUCCUCAAGUAUAGUCUUAGAUUAAGACCUCACAACUAAUUUGUCACUCUGCUUAAAGUCAAAUAUUUUGCGAUAUCUCUUUCACUCUUUAUUAAAUGACAAGUUCACAACAAAAGCUAAAAACUGGUAUAAGCAGCAACAAUUUGUUAUGGGCAAAUCAUGCACUUAACUAGGGAUAGGUUGCAUUAGUGAAAUCAUGCUUUUCUAGAAAUUUUGCAGGGUUUCUUCCUAUGUUAUUCGUGCCAACUUCAGACAAGCACCAAAUGACAACUAUUUACAAAAAGGCCCAUUCUGCCCUUACCAGUGUAAAUCAGAGAUCUAGGGUGCAACCUGUGACCAUCAUCGAACACCAUGUCUAUUGCAUGUGUCACUACUUAAAGGGACACUUGGCUGAUAUCCCGAGACUUGAGUAGAUAGCUUCUUAAAUGACUGCAGGCUGCUUAAGCACCUCACAAAGACCACAGACUGUGCUGCAACUAAUAAUGACCACAUUCUCCAGCAUU